UGCUUAUGUCGGCUCGCAGGCGAUCUACUCGUCCUUGUUGUUUUGCGGAAAGUGCUAUAUGGAUAAAAGCUCAUAAAGCACUUGGUUUAACCACGUCUGUGAAUAGAGCACUCUUUUGCGUUUCUGGAAAAAGGACAAACCCUAAUAUAACUAAGUGUUCUUCUUCGAUCAAUGGAACGUUAACUUACGAUGAUAUACAAGAGGAAGCUUCUUGUUACUCACUAAAUGAAUCAGUUACUUUCCAAGGAAAUGGAUUACACUCGGGAGAAGAAGUGAGUGUCACAGUCUCACCUACUAGAAAUUUUCAAGGAAUCUCCUUUCUUUAUGAGGAUAAAAAUGGAAUGUCCGUCCACGUCCCGUUGAAGUCUUCUUCUGUUGUAAGUACAGAACUUUGUACCACUAUAAGUGCUCCAGGAAAUCCUUUGUCUCGUAUAGCAACAGUGGAACAUUUACUCGCAGCACUCUGGGGUUGUGGAGUGGGAAGUGCUGUCAUCAAAGUGGAAGGAAAUGAGAUUCCCAUACUCGAUGGAAGUGCCAUCCAUUUUGUAGAAGCUUUUGAAAAAGUUGGGUAUAGAAGGUUUGUUAGUCAUAGAGAUCGUAUCUAUCAAGUUCAACAGCCUAUUUGUGUACAAGAUGAGCGUGGAUCUUGGGCACGACUGGAGCCUCCUAAAGACAAACGAGGUCUAACAGUGGAAGUUACUAUUGACUUUCCUCACAAUGCUAUAGGAAAACAGACUUUCCAAACAAAUUCUGCUAUUACAAAGGACAUAUUUAUUCGCGAAAUUGCUGCUGCCAGAACUUUUUGCUUAGAAACAGACAUUGAGAAAAUGAAAGGUCGAAAGCUUUGCAAAGGAGGUUCGUUGGAUAAUGCAGUUGUAUUUAGUCGACACGGUGAUGGAAUAUUGAAUGAAGGUGGACUAAGGUUUCCAGAUGAACCAGUUCGUCAUAAAGUAUUGGAUGUUUUAGGAGAUUUGUUUAUCAGUGGAGUUUUUGUGGUGGGACAUUAUAGUGCAUACAAGCCAGGACAUCGACUGAAUUCACAGCUCGUCCGUUUAUUAGAAAGAAAAAUAGAGCAAGAGCGAGAAAAAUUGUCCGUAUCAGAAGAACAUUUGACAAAUGUCGUGGUUGACCCUUUACCGUUGGCAAAGUAAAAUGUAACGGAAUAUAUGUUAUAGCAUUUAGGAAAAGAGGUUUUCAUAUUCGUGUAUGUACUGAAACUACAUUCAAAAACAUAAAGUAUGUCCAGUUGUCUUUCCACGAAAAUCUACAGCAUUA